AUGACUGGGUCAUGUUGCACCGUGUUGCCCAAAGCUGCGAAUGCGGUAAGCGGGGGCGUUAAAGAGCAUCGUCCGGUGACAGAUACUCAAAAGGAUGAGUUGGCCGGACUUGGCCAGUUGAGAGCUGUUGAGAGAUGCAUAGGUCGCGAUCGGCGGUCCGGCGAUGUCCGGCGGUUGGUUGACAUGACAUGUCGGGCUGUCAGUUGGCUGUCAGAGCGGAGACACUUUCAUGUAAACCAACCAAGAGCAAGGCAAUCAAGUAGCAGACACCUUAGGCUUCAACAGCUAGACGUCGACGUCCAUCCAGGCUACAAGAAACCGAGGGCCCAUUGGAGACAAGUAGAACAUCGUUUUCUUGCUGGAUGGUUGUCAUUUCUAGCCGAUGAAAUGAAGGCUCAUGAAUGUAUUUUGGUGAAGGGGAAAAUGAAAAGGUGGAACAACACUUACCUAGUACACAGGAAAGUUUGGUCCGGCCUGGACCUAUUUUUGGUACAGCCUGAGUGGGGGCUAGCAAAGGAUAUUCAAAUCAUUAUCUAUGUCGUGACGCAUAACGCAUCUUGCCCAAAAAUAACUUCUGGGCUGCGAGCCGCUCGUACCAAACGCGUGCAUACCAUCUCGGGCGACGAAGAGCCACAGCCAGGCUCUCUUCGACGUGACAUGUCCCUGUUUGGACGUCUGUGCACUCAUCAAGAACACACAUACAGCGAGUGCGAGUACAUUGUUGCACACUUAGGGCAAACACAGCAACUCUCAUCUACUUACCACCGCUCGCCAUGUCAGACGUCAGAGCCGUUCCGUGGAAAUGCCCUUCUCGCGUACUCAGGAAAUGUCUCUGGUGUGCCAAGAAGCAAGAGGCUGAGGAAAAGCGGUUUCAAACCUGCUCAGUAUGUGUUAUAUUGUAGUAAGGAGUGUCAGGUUAAAAGCUGGCCUACGCACAAGAUGGGCUGUCGUCACAAUGCACAAACGAAAGUCACCUGCAAAAAUAAGCCAGAGGUAGGAAAGCGAGUCACAGAACUUAGGCUCUGGCACGCAGCUCAUUCUCCCGUAUUCUACGCUAUCCUGAUUUAUGCAUUGGACCUCGGCAACAAACCGAGAAAUUAUGCAGAGAAGGUUUUGUUCAUUGAGCUUGAGCUCAAGCCCCAGCACACGCAGCUGGCCCUCCAAAACAAAUACAGGGUUUGCGAUGGAAUUGAGCUGACAACCGCGGAGGCACGCGAGUUUGUGGGAGACGAGAACUGCGGAGAGACCUUCAACACAUCGCAAUUCACGAACCCUGAUGGACGCCUCGUCCGCUUUGGAAGUUUCCUGUUGCAUUGUGAUGACACCGUGAUACUCAUUCGACUCAACCUUCCACAUGAGUCUGCUAUCGAUUCUGUGCUCAAGAUUCAUCCACGCCCGACAAAUUGGGUUGAAUGGCUUAAGAGAACCAUUGAGAUCAACGGCUCUCGCCCUGACAUGAUUUGA